GCCACUGAGAGAAUCCAAGAGCGCUGCCCUUCCACACACCCCUUCUUCUGACGUCACCAACCUGCAAGUGAACGAAUGAAGUAACGACGCACCGACCGAGCCUCUACGGGAGAUACCGGGAGUCUGUCGCUUUGCACACGCAGUGAGUCCCUGUCACCAGAGGAUCCGAAAGGGGGGAAGGUCGACACGAACAAUGCGAGCAACCCAGUAACAGAGUGGAGACGAACAGAACCGGACUUGUUUUAGGAGUGAGAAAACAGACCAACAAAGAAGAAAAAAGAAAAAGACGGACGGACAAACGGAUCCAUUGCAAUCCACGGUUAAGAGACGAAUAGGUGCGGGGGGCCACGUACUGUUGUUCCGUGGACCAAAACGAGUGGAGCCGAGGUUUAAAUGUUUUAACAGUACCGCCGCCGCCUUGAGAGCGCCAGAGAGCGGGAUCUGCCCAGAGAGAGAACGACAGAGGGAUCGAAGAGAGCAAAAUCGGGAUUUGCAACCAGUUCCAAGCCUUUUUUAAUUGCAUUCGUUUCCGUGGGUGCCGUUACCGGCAACGCUAUCAAGCUGUGUUCUUUAACCAUGGGAUGUACUUUGAGCGCAGAGGAGAGGGCUGCUCUGGAUCGGAGCAAAGCCAUCGAGAAGAACCUCAAGGAAGACGGGCUCACCGCGGCCAAAGAUGUCAAGCUGUUGCUGCUCGGGGCUGGAGAGUCAGGGAAAAGCACCAUCGUUAAACAGAUGAAGAUCAUCCACGAGGACGGUUUCUCUGGUGAUGAUGUAAAGCAGUACAAGCCUGUUGUUUACAGCAACACCAUCCAAUCUCUGGCUGCCAUUGUCCGUGCCAUGGAUACACUAGGCCUUGAGUAUGGAGACAAAGAGCGGAAGGCGGAUGCCAAGAUGGUGUGUGAUGUAGUUAGCCGUAUGGAGGACACAGAGCCUUACUCCAGCGAACUGCUCUCCUCCAUGAUGCGUCUCUGGUCCGACUCGGGUAUCCAGGAAUGUUUCAGCCGGGCUCGGGAGUACCAGCUCAACGAUUCAGCGCAGUACUAUCUAGACAGUCUAGAUCGUAUUGGUGCUGCCGACUACCAGCCAACAGAGCAGGACAUUUUGAGGACCCGGGUGAAGACUACGGGCAUUGUGGAGACACACUUUACCUUCAAAAACCUCCACUUCAGGCUGUUUGAUGUCGGAGGCCAGAGGUCAGAGAGGAAGAAGUGGAUCCAUUGUUUUGAAGACGUCACUGCCAUCAUUUUCUGCGUCGCACUCAGUGGAUACGACCAGGUGUUGCACGAGGACGAGACCACGAAUCGCAUGCACGAGUCUCUGAAGAUGUUUGAUUCCAUCAGUAACAGCAAGUGGUUUGAAGAGACCUCCAUCAUUCUCUUCCUGAACAAAAAGGACAUUUUUGAAAACAAAAUCAGCAAGUCGCCAUUGUCCAUCUGCUUCCCUGAAUACACUGGACCAAACACCUACGAGGAUGCUGCAGCUUAUAUCCAAGCACAGUUUGAGAGCAAGAAUCGCUCCCCAAAUAAGGAAAUCUACUGUCACAUGACCUGCGCCACAGAUACAGGGAACAUCCAGGUGGUGUUUGAUGCUGUGACCGAUAUCAUCAUCGCCAACAACCUCAGAGGAUGUGGCUUGUACUAAGCAGCCCGUGUCGUGCCCGCUCCUUCCUUUCUCCAACUUGUCCUCUUCCACUUCGCUCUCCUACUCAACCCGCUUCCUCUGACACUGCUGUGGAAAUGAUGAUGGUAACGAUGCUGUUUACUUAAAAUAAAACAGAAAAAAAAAAAGAAGACGAAGAAAAAUGCAACUAGGUACAUAUUAGUGAGGAUAAUUAAAGAAAAUAUUAGUCAUAAAGAUAUAUAUUAUAUAUCUAUCUAUCUAUACAUAUAUACACACACACAUAUAUAUGUGUGUGUGUGUGUGUGUGUGUGUGUGUAUAGAUAGAUAGAUAGAUAGAUAUAAUGUUGUUAAUUUUUUUUCCCUUGCUCUGGGUUCUCCCCCAAUGUUCUCUGGCCUGCUGCCAAACAAACAAAGAAAUGUGUUUUUGAAAGGAAACACAGAACUCUGCAGCCUUGAAACCUUCUCGAACAAAGUUAAUGAAAGUCUCUGUUCUAAUCUAAUUUGCUUUUCCGGUGGUGUCGUUUGUUGCUAAUGAAACUUUUUCCUUUUUUUUUUUUUUUUGUUACCUUGGAUAUGGAUUGUGUUUUUGUUGAUUUUGUCUGUAUUUAUUACAUUAGCCGGUACACAGAUUUGUAUUCACAUUUUGUCUCACCUGACCCAUUUGUUGUAUAUUGUUUUGUUUCUGGCAACAGUAGUGUUUACGUCAGAACAUUUUUUGAAUAAAUAUGUGAAAAUAUCUAUCACUUCAAAAAUAUGAAGAGGGUCAGCCAAUCGAAACCUUGGAAAAAUACUCAAGACCUGCUGAAAGUGUCAAACACCAAUUCAUUUAACAUUUGUCUUUUGUUUACAUUGGCGCGACUUUCCUGUUCCGUAAGCAGUCCUGACAGGGACAGAAAGUGUUUCCUAAAGCUGGCUUUCACCCGACAGCCAAUGGGAAGCAGUGCCAGGUGACACAUGCAGGUACUGUACUGUAGAUAGCAAUGCCUUUAGAAGUGAGUACACGUUAUAACUACCUUUUCCCACUAUUAUAACCUCUACCAUAUAUUCUCAGUGUAAGGAAUCUCGGUCCUGGUUUGAAAAUGGUUGAUUAAUUUAUUCAUUUAUUUAUUGAUGAUCACAUCCUAGCCCAGGACAUACUCUUAUCUAUCGGUCUCUCUUCCUCUACAUUUUACACUAUACACCGUCAUGCCUUUACGUCUUUCACUUCAAUCCAUGCAUGGCACCCUUGGCAUACGGCUAAUAUUGGAGGCGGACCCGGGAGGGGCGGAGGGGGUGAGGCGGUCAGAAUAGUCGCCUCUUCUGCCCUCUCUCCCUCCUUACUCCUGUUCAAGCCCUUGACAUGUAUAGCAUGAUAUGACUCCAGCCUUUGUAUAAAGUGAACAGUUACGCCAAAACUGGAAGAAAAG